AUGAACGCGGCGGUGGUAAAGCGGACGCAGGAGGCUCUGGGCAAGGUGAUCCGGAGGCCGCCGCUGACCGAGAAGCUGCUGAACAAGCCCCCGUUCCGCUACCUGCACGACAUCAUCACGGAGGUGAUCAGGAUGACGGGCUUCAUGAAGGGCCUCUACACAGACGUCGAGAUGAAGUCCGACAACGUCAAGGAUAAAGAUGCAAAAAUUAGCUUCCUGCAGAAGGCCAUAGAUGUGGUGGUUAUUGUCUCUGGAGAGCCGCUGUCGGCGAAACCGGCUCGGAUCGUGGCCGGGCACGAGCCCGAAAGGACCAACGAGCUGCUGCAGAGAAUCGGAAAGUGCUGUCUCAGCAAGCUAUCCAGUGAUGACGCGGUGAAGAGGGUGUUGGCCGGAGAGAAGGGGGAUGUGAAACGACGGCCCUCACUGACGUCCAGACCCCAGGAACUGGAUAAUAAGAACGUGAAGGAAGACGAGUCCAGGGUCCGGAAAGACAAAGAGGAUAGAGGAAGUUCUGAAAUAAACGAGAGAAGUACAAGCAGAGAUCAGAAACAGAAAGAGGAAUUAAAAGAAGCAAGCAAGCCCCGGGAGAAGGAAAGGGGCAAGGACAAGGCCAAGGAGAACGAGCGGGACAGGCGCCGCGAGGGGGACCGCGAGCGCGCCAAGAGCCGGGCGCGGACGGACAGGGAGAGGGAGCGCGGCAAGGAUGCGGAGCGCGACCGCGGCCCCCGGGAGCGCGACCAGGAUGCCGAGCGCCGCCGGAGCGAGGGCGGGAAGGAGAAGGAGCGCGGCCAGGAUGCGGAGCGCCGCCGGAGCGAGGGCGGGAAGGAGAAGGAGCGCGGCAAGGAGCGGGAGGGGGAGCGGGAGCGGAGGAGGCUGCGCGACGGGGAGCUCUGCAGGGACCCCGAGCCCCAGCGGAGCCGCGAGCGCGACCGGCCGGAGAAGAAGUCAUCAAGCUCAGGAGAGAUGUCUAAAAAGUUAUCAGAUGGAUCUUUUAAAGACCCCAAAGCCGAAACAGAGGCUGAAAUUUCCACCAGAGCAUCCAGGUCAGUGACAACAAAGACGUCAAAGCAGCGAUCUAAGAAUUCACUAUUUCAUGUCAGCAAGAAGGACAGUAACAUUUCAGCUAAAAUUUUAGACCCCAUAGUGUCUGGAUUAAAUAAUGAACCAGAUCAGGAAACUAUAACUUCAGAAAUAGGAAUGAAAGAAGCUAAUACUAACUCAGCUAGUAUUUCAGAUGACAAUGCAGCCAUUCUGUGGAGAGGCAGCGUUGAGUCAGAGCCAGCCGUGAAGCAGAAAGGUGACUGUCCUAGUGAUGCAGAAGGAGACGUUGGAGCUCCCGGCCAGGAGAAGAGCGAGGCGCCGGAGAAUCCCGAGCCCCCGCCCGGCGAGCUCCCUGCGGCGGCCAGGCGGAUACCUCGGCCUGGGAGCGCACGGCCCGCACCUCCCCGGGUCCGACGGCAGGAGAGUGUAGAGGCGCUGACCACGGACAGGACGGGGAGUGGUAAAACUGUGUCCAACGUGAUCACUGAGUCGCAGAACUCUGACAGUGAGGACGACGAUCAGUUUGUGGUGGAAGCCGCCCCGCAGCUCCCUGAGAUGUCGGAGCUUGAAAUGGCCCAGGCAGUGGAACUGGAGGAAGAUGAGAAGCACGGAGGACUUGUCAAAAAAAUUCUGGAGACUAAGAAAGAUUAUGAGAAGUUGCAGCAGUCAUCCAGACCUGGAGAGAAGGAGAAGCUGCUCGUCUUCGAGUCGGCCUGGAAGAAGGAGAAGGACAUCGUCUCCAAGGAGAUAGAGAAGCUCCGGGUGUCCAUCCAGACCCUGUGCCGGAGCGCCCUCCCCCUGGGCAAGAUCAUGGACUACAUCCAGGAGGACGUGGAUGCCAUGCAGAAUGAGCUGCAGCUGUGGCACAGCGAAAGCCAGCAGCAUGCCGAGGCCCUGCAGCUGGAGCAGAGCAUCACGGACAGCGCCGUGGAGCCCCUGAAGGCGGAGCUGGCGGAGCUGGAGCAGCUGGUCAGGGACCAGCAGGACAAGAUCUGUGCCGUGAAGGCCAACAUCCUGAGGAACGAGGAGAAGAUCCAGAAGAUGGUGUACAGCAUCAACCUGAGUUCCAGGAGGUGA